GCAGGCAGAAUCAGCUAGUCCUCUAUCUUACGAUUAUGUUUGACUGAACAGAUUUUCAAAUAUACAAAUAUAAGAGGUGUAGUCAGAACAUCACAGGACAGCACAGCUAGCAACAAAACACAAUCAUUUACACCAAAGAAGACACAGACCCAACCAGCAAGAUGGUUCCAGUGUUGAUGUUACUCAUGGCAGCUCUUGUAGCUGCAGAUGAGUCAAUGAUGGAUCUCUCAGGCCCAGCAGAGUCUGAUAGUGUGUCUGUCAAUGUGGUUCACUGUACUACUACUGUUGUUUGCCCUGAUGGAACAACGUGCUGUCUGAGUCCUUAUGGUGUGUGGUCCUGCUGUCCAUAUCCAAUGGGUCAGUGCUGCAGAGAUGGAGUCCAUUGCUGUCCUCAUGGUUAUUACUGCGAUUCAACGACCCAUUGUUCGAGGGGGUGGCUGAAACUGCCAUCUUCUUCCCAGAUGACCACCAAAGCUAUUCAGAAACCUAAGUCUGUGUCCUUUGUCCAGGCUCUCAAAUGGCAGGGACAGACUGAGAUGGUUCAUUGUGAUGGAAAUGUCUACUGUCCAGCUGAUCAGUUCUGCUGCAAGACAGCAGCGGGCCAGUGGGGGUGCUGUAGCGGGUUUGGUGUUGCAAAUAAACAAUCACUGUGACCUGGAUGAAUCUCUUAUCAAAGACUGUCAAAGAACAAGAAGCUUUAAAUGUAAUUUACUGUGGAUAGAAAGCAAUAAUAUACAUUGACGCUGAAUGUAUUUAUUUUUUAAUAUUUUUGUCAUUAAGGUUCUUUUUCACUAUGUUUCUGGCAGUAAGGAGCUAGAUGAUGUCUUAAACUUUGUAUGAUAGGCACUGCUUACUCUUUUUAUGUUACGUUUAUCUUAAGUUUUUUUUUUGUUUGUUUUUUAGUAAAUAAAGGCAUGGGAUGAUAAAAGCCUCAA